GUGCGUUGUUUCACGCCGUAAAUUAUCCUCGCGAAUGCAAAAAUCGAUCGCUAUUACGAUCCACGUGGAUCUCUAUUGCGCUAUUCGCGAUCCGGCCGGCCGGAUAGAAUAUAUGGUGUCCACCGGCGGAGACCGAACGUAUUGUGCAGCCGGCAUUGUCGAAGAAAGGAAGGGUUUUGGUGGUUCGACGCCGAAGGUGCGCCGGAUAGAUUUCACUUCGACUAAUUACGAGUUUUGCGAGUCAGGACGUUCCGAGCUGCCGAAUUACUGGCCGUGCACCUGGAAAUCUAAACAGUCAGAUGGUCCCGGGAAAUCUUAACAGAGCCUCUCAAAGGGGUUCCCCGGGCACCUAGCAGCGAGACGCAACCGCGAUGGCGCCGCAACGCCUAGUUCGCCAAGAAGACCUCUGAUGGAUCGGAGAUACCGGGCUGCGGUGAUAACAUCGCCCUCGUGAGAGCUCGUCACAAUCGAUAUCGACGACAAUCGCCGCUUAAGAAGCCGUAAAAGGAAGCCGCUCCUCACGGGGAAAAGUUAGUGCGCUGGUGGCGAGCGAGCCAGGAAGCUCACUCGUUCAGCUUCAUCCGCACCGGGAAUCAUGUCGAGAAUCCGCGUCCGCGGUGCGUUCGCCGCUUCAACAGCGACGUCCUGAUUGUCUGACGACGGGAAUCGUCAUUCCGUGGGGAGCCGUCCCUCUCGCCCUGGUCCACGCCAGAUUCGCCGGACUUCAGCAUCUCGCCGCGAGUGUCCGAGAAUGUCCAAGAAGCAAUGGCUCGCUCUGCUGCUGUUGUUCCUUACGUACCUGACGCUGGGCGCUACCAUCUUCUACUUCAUCGAGAGCUACUACGAGAACCAGAAGAUCAAGAGGGAAAAAAUCGAACGCCGCGAGAUCAACGAAUUACUUCGUGAUCAUUAUGCGCCCAGUGAGGACCACAGUGAGGAAGAGAUUCUGCUUAAGCUCACAGAGUACUGCGGCAAGCCGUUCAAUUACACCGAGGACGAGGUCGUUCACAGACAAUGGGACUACUACAACAGUUUUUAUUUUGCCUACACGGUCGUCAGCACUAUCGGAUACGGCAAUUUGGCGCCUACGAACACCCUCAGCCGCAUCUUGAUGAUCUUCUACGGUCUCAUAGGCAUCCCGAUGAACGGGAUUCUGCUGACGCAGCUGGGUGAAUUUUUCAGCCGCGUGUUCAUCAGAGCCUACCGGAAGUACAAGUCCUACAAGCAACGUCAGUCCGUGUUGAACGAUUAUCCAUCCAAGAAGACGAUACCGUCCGAGACCCGUAAAACAAUGAGACUGGCCGCUCAGAUCUUUCUGUACCUGACGCCCGGCUUCAUCGUGUUCAUCUUCUUCCCCGCGAUCCUGUUCUCGCAUUACGAGAGAUGGUCCUACGAUCAAUCGGUCUACUACGCCUUCGUUACCCUCACGACCAUCGGUUUCGGAGAUCUCGUGGCGGGCCAGGAUAAUACGAAGGGGAGCGGUCCGUUCUUCAUCAUGUACAAGAUAUUCCUGAUUUGCUGGAUCUCCUUCGGACUGGGCUACAUCGUCAUGAUAAUGACAUUCAUCGCUCGCGGUAUGCGCAGCAAGAAGAUCACGAGGCUCGAGCACAAACUGGCGUUGAAUCUCAAGCAUACGCAGAGCAAGAUUUGGAACGAGUUUAACAAAGAGGUCAACUACCUGCGCCGCGUUUUCAACGAGUUGCAGCUCUCUAAGGUCAAAAGGGUGUAUGUAGACGAGUACGAGUCCGAGGAACCUCCGGUGAAAUUCUCGCGCAGUAACAGUUUUCCGAAUCUCCGAGAUUUAACAAUUGGUGGAUACGUGGACGGCUUUAUACCGCAUCCGCGACGACGGGCGAACAGCGAAGUGGUACCAAUGGACGAACUGACACGUGUGGUGUCCGAGACGGAUCUUCAAAGGAUAGACAAGAACGCGACAUUCGCCGCGCACGCCAUAGUGCAACCGGCGGAGCUCUUGGCGCGCUUGGUGAACAUCCUUGGCUACAUACCACCACGGGACGACUUCGAGUGGGACCAGACCGAGGAGCAGACUGAUUCGCAGAACGAGACGCAGCAGAGUAAAUCGGCCGAUCAAGCCAAUAUUGCUCAAUGGGCAAUCGGCGGUGAAAAGUUUCCGUUCACCAAGCCUCGGUCCAGAGCGGCCAGCGAGAUACGACUGCACACUAGGAAGGACGAUUCCGUUCAACGUAACACGGAGUGGACCUGGUCCGGAGUACCCUCGACGAAGCUGCAGGAGAUGAUGAAGGACCGCGACACGAUUAUAUCCUCAAAGGACAACAAGCCGUACAAGAAGUUCGCGUCGCUCGCAUUGCCGAUCACCGCGCCUAAGAACUUCUUCCCCAGAUGGAGAAAGAGCAAGAGAUCGUCGGACGUGGGGCCUAAUACGGCGAAAGCCGUCGAAACAGUGGACGACAGUAAUCAGCAGAACAAUUCGCUCGGUCCGCUGCCCUCGUACCUGGACGAGAGGCACGAUUCGAUCUCGAGGAGGCCGCAUUAUUACACGCACACCGGCGGCGACCUGCCGAGUUACCUGGAAAGUAACAGUCUGCUGGAAGAGACGAGCCUAGCGGAUUUCCUCAGAGCGUUGACCGCUCUUCACGCACGGGUAGGAACGGUGCCCGACGAGUACGUCGCUAAACCCAAGAGAAAACUGGGAACUGCCUGCUUGAGCCCGCCGAAGUUACCCAGUCUUUUCACCCUUUUCUCGAACGCGCCUGGCUCAGUCUCGGCGAAUCAGAGCAACCAGAGUACCGUCUCGGGAGUGCAAUCGAGGAGAAUGUCCCUUAAAUUGCCCGAGAACAAUUAUUCCGGCUCUAGCACGCCUACAUCUUACAUCAGGAAGGGAAGCGUUCCUGUUAGGCCUAGGAGAUUCUCUCUGAGGCCGGUAGCGACUCCAGUAAGUCCUACCACGCCGCCUGAGUAUCGGUCACCACGAUUGUCGCUGCGACUCACUCAGAGAAAGGACGAUCGAGAUCUUCAGGAACCCGUCUCGAUGGAACCCUUCUUUUCCGUAUCGCCGAAGGAACCGCUCGUGAAUAUGGAGGGUCCGCCGGGAAUUUCGUCACCGAUCCAACAGCCGUUCGGCAGCCGACGCUUCUCCAUAAGACCCGCUCAACUUAGCCCGAGUCCAACGAGCACUAAAUCCACGCCGACGCCUCUGCACACGCCCAAACCGCUACCGAAAUGGAAAGCGGGCAUGCUUCAGCGACAGAUCACGCAGAUGAAUCUACGUCGUCGGGUCAGGGCGACCAGCCUCAGCGACGUUGGUUCUGACAAACGCGAGAAAACUACUCCUCCCCUCAGCCCCCUCGCUAUGGGCAACACCAAGACCGUUGACAUUAGCAAGUCGACCAGCUCGAAUCAGAAAACGGUGACUAUCAUGUCACCGGAAGAGCAGUUGAAUAUGAUCCCGAAAAAUGAAUAUCAGGACUCUACGGUAGUUCCCUUGGGUUCCAGAGACGAGCAAACUGCACCAUGGAGGGAGCAGGAAGGCGUAAUUUCGUCGAUCAAUCCCUUCGUUUUCGAGAUUUCUAAAGAGCCGCCCGCGGCACUUAACGAAUCCAUGAUUUUAAGCAUGCAUAGGGACGAAGUGUAUCCCCAGAGCGAUUCCGUACCAGUUCAUGAAUCGGUUUACAAGCCACCAUCCUCCGUGUUCGAGCAAAAAUUAGUUAAGCUGAAUGACGAAUUAGGUAAGACUCUUCUUCAAAGAGAAAUGCAGGAGACGAAUAUGGAUUUCAAGGCAGGUUCGCUUAAAAUGGAGAAGGAACAGGACGACAUAUACGUAAUUGAUAAUUUAGGCGCUUCGACGAGCAGCGGAAGGCCAGAGUCUCGAAAAGAGAAGCCCAGCGUGCUGAUAGACUCGUACAAGCCAUCGUUGCAAGUGACGAUAGAGAAGCCGACGAUCAAUCCGUUCGAGCAGUACAGAGCUAUGACAAGGGCUGCUCAAAAGGAAGAGGAUACGGACUUGAGAGAAGUUAAAGUCGAGAAACCUGGGAAAAAUGAAAGGGGAACAAAUUCAUGAUCGUGUUGUGCGAAAGACAACGAUUAAGGAAACAUGGUGUGUUAUUUAAUUUUAAGGACAGAGAAAUUUGGAGUCAAGUUUGGUCAGCAGAAAUGUCGAGAUAUUAACCAUUUUUUAAGUAUAUAAACGCCAUUUAUAGAGAUGACAUUUUUGUUACGAAAAGAUUGACUCUACAUUUUGUGAGAAACAAAUUUUUACCCGAGUUAUCGAAAAGGAUAGCUUACGCAUAAAUCUUGCGCAUUAGAGACUUGCAGCUCCGUUGCAUAUGUUACACGAAAUGAUAUCCUAUUUCACCCUAUUCCACUCCAUGCAUGUAUAAUACGUCAAUACAGGAACUUUUAUAGUAACUAACGAAUUUGUUUCGCUUUGAAACGAUGCGUAAUUGAUUAAGACUGUAGGUAGAGGAAGUAUAAUUUUUACAUUGAAUGCAAAUUCCAGCGAAUGUAAUUUAACAAUAAGGCGACCAGCUUUGAAAAGUUGUCUUUAUCAAUAUAUCUAAUUUUUCAGACUAGUCGAAUUUUUGUAGCAUUUUUCGAGAGAAAUGUGUAUUUUAUGACACUAGAUAAUGCUAAUAUAAUGAUAAUUAUUAGAAAUGUAAGUACAUUAAAAUAUGCGAGUUGUUAGGUUUUAAUUUAAACUUGAUAUGAGACAAGACUGUGAUAUAAUGAAUAAGGCAUAUCCUCAAUUUAACAGAUAGUUAAUCAAAUUUAUUUAGAAAACAUAAGCAUUACGUGAACAGAUCACGAGGAAAUACUACAUUAAUAAAUAACGAGUUCGUUGAUUUGCGCGCGCGAGAAUUCAUCAUGUUAGGACAUAAAUUACAUCAAGUGAUCGAAGUAACUUGCGAAUUAAUACUUUGUAUUGCAAUUCAAAUAUUGUCAGCUACGAUUUCGUGACUUGGACAUUUAUCAGUCACUCGCGCGAUUAUUUAUUCCACUAAAUCAAUGUUUGAAUGUAAUACAGAAAGAGACGAGGCACGUUCUACGAAAUUUGUAACUUUUUAUUGACAGUUGCUUACAGAAUAAAUUAUAAAGAUGUA